AUGGAAGAAUUGGAAGUGCAACAGGAAUUAGAGGACAAAUUGGGAAAUUUGUCAUUUUUACCACCGCCGAUGAAAAAAUCCGAUACAAGGGACAGUAUUUCGUCAGUUGAUAGCGAUGUGAGUCUUUCAUUUGAUCGUCGAGGCUCAAAGGGCGAAGAUGCCGAUUUAUCCGAUAGCGGCAGUUCCGAUUGUGACAGAAAACUUGGAAACGAGAUUAAUCUGCAAAAAAUACAAAAUAAAAUCAGUGAUCACGAUUCUGGCGCUGAUUCAUUUGAUGAUAUUGUACCGAGGGAAACAGAAACUCAGAUUGCAAAAGAAAAGGCAGAUGAAGAUUUUGUCCCACCAAAUGAUGAAUUGGCUGAUAAAAUUUGUGCUCAGGUGGAAUUUUAUUUUUCAAAUGAAAAUAUUGUUAAGGAUGCAUUUUUAUUGAAACACGUGAAACGUAAUAAGGAAGGUUACGUGUCUCUAAAAUUGAUCUCUAGUUUCAAGAGGGUCAAGCACCUUAGUCGAGAUUGGAGAGUGGUGGGCGCUGCUCUUGCGAGGUCAAAAAAGCUCGAGGUAAACGAGCUCGGUACCAAGCUACGAAGAAUUGAUCCUCUACCGCCUUUCGAUCAGACAACUCCUUCCAGAACUGUUCUCGCGGCAAGGUUACCCAUUGAAAAAUUGUCUGUCGAAACUGUUGCGGAACUCUUCAAAACUUGUGGCGAGAUCGCUUUGAUACGUGUUCUUCGACCCGGUCAUCCUGCGCCUGCAGAGGUGAGGCAGGCAAUUGCAAAGAGACCAGAUUUAGCAUCGAGUGAAGAAUGUGCAAUGAUUGAAUUUAUUGAUUCGGCCUCAGCGAGAAUGGCUUUGCAAAUGCCUUUAGGUGAAGCGAAGAUUUAUGCUCUUCAACAGCCAGUUGAUAAGAAGAGGAAGCAACAAUCGUCUAAAAAGAAUCCUGUAACGAGGGUUUCUCGCGAGGAAAAUUAUAAUUCCUCAAGUUGCGCGAGCGGUUCUGAGAAUGAUGAAGGGAAAUCGAGGCAUCGUAGACAAAUUUAUAAUCAUCCAAUUUAUCAUGUUUUCACCGGUCAUCCCUAUCAGCCUGGUCCACCGUCACCGGAAGCUUGGAUGCCACGAAGACUUUCAUCGUGCUCAAUGUCCGGUGGUCCAGAUAAUGGAUUACUUUUACGACGUCUAUCCUCGUGUUCAGGAUCGGGUUCGGAAUCAGGUAAUUUUGGAAGAAGAUUUUCAUCGUGUUCAUCAAGUUCGGAGACUGGUUAUUUUCAUGCGGUUUAUCCACCUGGAUAUUAUCAGCCAACGAGACGAUUUUCAUGUUGUUCCGGCUCGGCUGGUGGUGGUGGUUCAUCGGGAUCAGAUUGUAGCGGUGGUUGUUUUAGUCCAACGAGACGUGGUUCUGGUGAUUGUGGACCAUUUCUUCGACGAUUAUCGGCAUGUAGUCGUGAUUCUGGAUACGAAAUGGGAACAAGAAGAUUGUCAUCUUGUUCAUCGAGUUCGGAAACUGGAUAUUUCCGACCGAGAAGCAAUAGUGGAAUUGUUGUCACUCAUCUUCCGGAAAAUGUCACAAGAUUACCGUCUGGACCUGAUGGAACUCGAGGAUUUGGUAGACCAUCGAGAAUGGCUACCAGUUAGUUAAUUUUCAUUUUUAGAAUAUAUAUAUUUUAAUUUAAAAUUUGUCUUUAUAUUAUAAUAAGCAUUAAUAGUGAAUAAAAACGAAAUACUUUUUUUUUUUACUAUUAUAAUUAUAAAUCUUGUAUAUAUGUAUAUUUAUAAUUGUAAAAUAUUGUUGAAUUUUAUUUUAAGGAUAAUUAAGUUAAAAUUGUACGAUGUACAUAAUUUUAAAAGAGCUUUUUUAAAGCUUACUUUGUGAUCAAAUGCUCUCUGAUGUCAUAUAUUGUUAAAUGCGAUUUGAGAUGAAAAAUUUUGGAUAUUAUGUUAUCAUAUGUAUAUUAAUAGUGAAAUAAAAGCAUUAUUUUCAUUAUUUAAUGAAUUUAAUGUUUAAUCAAA